CCAUAAGCACUCCGUUUCAUCUGUGUUCUUCGCCUGCUGAGCUCAUCGAUGUUAGGCGGCGACGCGUCGCAGGCCCUCAAAAAAAAUCAUCACCACCAUCGCAAGCACGCGUCCGUCCUCAUCACCACCACGAGACACAGAGCUUUCGAGGGCAAAAUGUACGGUGACAUCGCUAACAAACUGGUUGUUGAGGCGAAGAGAACACAGAGCUUAGAGCAGCUGACUGUGUUCCAGGAUGAAUUGGUACGUUCCAUCAUCAAAGAGACAAAGGACUUAGCUAAAGCCCUUGAAACUAUGGAAGAUGACGAUGAAGACAGAUCCAAGCUGUGUCACCAAUUCGUCGCCCAUUUGGCUAUGCGUCGUAACAAGAGAGCACUUCUGCUUUAUGAGAAGCUACGGGCUGAGAAGCUGGACCAGAUGGUGUGGGAAAACAAGGAACUGGAGGUUGGGAAUCACCAUGAACUGGAAUACUUCAAGAGCUACAGCGAAGUGCUCAUUGACUACAAAAGCGAGUUCCCAGAUGUGGAUCUCACGGGCUCUCUAGAGCCCCCAACCGAUGUCUUCAUCGACGUUAGAGUGCUGAAAGAUGCCGGUGAGAUCCAAACAGAGUAUGGCGUAUUCAACCUCACCAAAGACUCGCAGUUCUUUGUGAGGAAAGCCGACGUCGAGAGACUCAUACAACAAGGAUAUCUACAGCUAAUUACAUGAUCUUACUGGUGCCAUUCAUAGCAAAGAUUACAUGAAGUUAAACUCGGACACC